CUUGUGGAGGUACAGGGGAGGGAUUUACGCUCCGAAAAACAGAAAACGCACAGCUUCUUGUCCCACGAUGCCUCAUCUGGGGGUCGCAUAAAACUGACGAAGACUGAACUGAGACGGUAGAUUAAUUAAAGAUGAUUGUGAGCGUGCAGGAGAUUACGGUGAGGCUGCUCGUGCUUGUGGUGUGUGUUGGAGGAGCGGCGGAGUGCAGAGCGCAUCCAGAGGCACGAGGAGCCGCUUUCACAAGAUUCAAGCGUCAAAGCAAUGCAGCAAAACCUGCACUAAAGAUCACAGAUUACCACGUGCGAUGCACAGUCAUCUCCCGCUACGCUCUCACCACAGUAGAGAGUACAGUGUGGAACCAGCUCCAUUUUACCAAAGAGGCAGCGUUUGAGGUCGACUUGCCUCCAUCAGCCUUCAUCUCCAACUUUACCAUCACGUCUAACGGUAAAGUCCAUGUGGCCGAAGUGAAGGAGAGAGCUGCUGCCAGGAAGAUCUAUGAUGAUGCCAAGAAGCAGGGGAAAACAACAGGACUUGUUGCCACCAAGGAGCGGGAGAUUGAAAAGUUUCGGGUGGCUGUCAGUGUACCUCCUGGAAUAAAAAUGCACUUUUCCCUGAUGUACGAGGAGCUGUUGACACGACGGCUGGGGCGCUAUGAGUUGGCGUUGGGCCUCAGACCUGGCCAACCCGUGCAGAAUCUCUCUGUGGAUGUUAGUAUAGCGGAGAUUACUAAAAUCAGCUUCCUUAAAGUGUUACCUCUUAGGACCAGUCGUCUCUUCACCAGCACUGAUCAAGCAGAGGCUGAAGCACCCCCCUCCACUCACGUGCAUCAGAACUUACACUGUGCUCACAUUCAUUACAACCCCAGCCUGCAGCAGCAGAGGACCAUCUCCCCCAAAGGCAUCAAUGCUGACUUUGUCCUCCAGUAUGAUGUAGAGCAAAAAGAUCUCAUGGGAGACAUUCAGGUGCACAAUGGCUUCUUUGUUCACUACUUUUCUCCACGGGACCUGCCGGUAGUUUCUAAAGAUAUCAUCUUCGUCAUUGAUAUCAGUGGUUCCAUGAUCGGGACAAAGAUCAAACAGACUAAGGCAGCAAUAUCUGCAAUACUGGGUGACCUACGUGAGGGCGACUAUUUCAAUCUCAUUACAUUUUCUGAUAAAGUUCAGAUCUGGAAGGAAGGACGCACUGUGCUCGCCACGAAGCAGAACAUACGUGAUGGACGGGAAUUUGUCAAAAAGAUCGCUGCAGAUGGUUGGACAAACAUCAAUGCAGCUCUUCUCUCAGCAGCACAGCUGAUCAACUCCUCAUCUACUGAUAGCCAUUUGUCAUCACCACGACGAGUUCCCAUGAUCAUCUUUCUGACUGAUGGAGAGGCUACAAUUGGAGUGACUGCACAAGAAGCCAUUCUGCAUAAUGCCCAUAUUGCACUAGGUUCAGUCUCUCUGUUUGCCCUGGCAUUCGGAGACGACGCAGAUUUUCCUUUACUGAAACGGCUGGCUUUGGAGAACCGUGGGAUAGCACGGAUGGUAUAUGAGGAUGCUGAUGCUGCACUCCAAUUAAAGGGUUUCUAUGAUGAAGUAGCAAGUCCUCUACUGUCAGAUAUUCAGCUUUCCUACCUUGACAACCAAGCUUAUGAAGUCACAGGCGCCCUUUUCCCCAACUAUUUCCAAGGCUCUGAGCUGGUAGUCACCGGAAAGAUUAAAACGGACAUUCAGCAUCUGAAAGUUUCAUUGACAGCGAAUGGCUCAAAAGAGAAGGUGAAGGUAGAGAAUAAGUUUGUACUGCCCAAGCUUGAAGUAAAUGAGACUUUGGCAUCAUUGGGUUGUACCACGGAACUGCAUAGAAUCGGCAACUUUGUCCAUCGCCUUUGGGCCUAUUACACUAUCAAGGAACUUUUAAAGGCUAAACUUAACAGCUCAGAUCCACUCAUACAACGCUUGCUAGGAGAGAAAGCCACCAACCUUUCACUCAAAUAUAAUUUUGUCACUCCAGUUACCUCUUUGGUCGUGGUUAAACCAGAUAUUGAAGAGCCAAAUCCAACCACUGUUUCUACAACAACGACUACACCCAAGCCUGUCACUACCACUACACCAAUUGUGACAAUCACGCCUACACAAACGUCAAGUACCUCAAAAAUGACUUCUACCACCGAAGCCUUAAUAAAAAAGCUGAGCAAAUCUUUAAAACCCAGUAAAACGUCUAUCACCAAACCAUUUCGGCCAGAUCAGCCUCUUCCUAGACAUCCAGUAAAUACUCCUCCAGACCUAAAUGUGGCAGCCUCAUUGCCUAAGAGAACCACAACUUUACCACAAAAUGCAUCCAAGGCCACAUCUGCCCCUCUCCUUAGCAAAGCUCCCACUGUUCCCACCAGCACAACGAGAACUGAUGCUUCCACUUUCAUUCCACUCAGUUCAGUUUCAAUGCCGAGUGUGGCUGAACCCACAACACCACCCAGCUCAGGAAACCAUCAAGUCCUGCCUAUGGAGAAACCCACAUUCUUAUCAGAUACUGAAAAUUUUGCCUCACCUGAUGUUCCUGCAUUGCAGUCAGAUUUUCAGGACGUCCCAUCUCCAAAUGCCUCAUCCAAAGAUCCUGAUCAGGAAAUGAGCAUCUCCACUCUUCUGGCUGCCUCAUUUGCCCCUAUGCCAGGGAUGACAGAUGCACCGAGUCUGUGGGAAGCUACUGGUGUUUUAGAUGUUUCUACAGCCAUCCUGACAAAAGAUGCUGAUGAUAUCAAAGAGUAUGACGUCUCAUUUGAAUACGACGCUGACUACAUCGUCCAUUACGAUUCUUCUUCCCCAGAUGACACAGACAUCAUAAGUUCUGUGGGAAUUUUCUCCUCCUCGGUGGAUGGAGACCCCCAUUUUGUUGUUAUGCUCCCAAAGAUUCAUGAAAAUCUGUGUUUUACUGUCGAUGGUGAGGAAAACGAUGUGUUGCGUCUUCUGGAGGACCCAAUCAGAGGCAUUACAGUGAACGGCCAUUUAAUGUUGGCGCCUCCUAAGAUUGGGAUUGAGGACCGCACUCGCACCUUCUUCAACAGGAUAACCAUCAGAAUUUCAAAAAGUGAUAUCAGGAUCACCUUCACCAAAGACACAGUGGAAGUGAAGGGAGAAGGGCUUGAAACUCUGCUUACCAGUCAAAAGGGAUCUGUGACACUCCCAGGCUUGAAGAUUGUGCUUGAUGGACACCAGAGCUGUUGGAUUGAGCUUGGAAAAGGCAUUGUGUUUCUGGUCCUGAUCCAUCGAUAUAGUCACCCCACCUAUUUCCAGAUGGAGCAUCUAGGAUUCUAUAUAGCUGAUGGCCAGGGCUUGUCUUCAUUAACGCAGGGUCUACUCGGCCAGUUCCAGCACAGCACCAUAGAGGUGGUGAGGAUAUCAGAUCGACACGGUGCCGUGUUCCACCACGGUCAGAUCAGCAACAACAGCACACUGGCCUUGGGAUUACUCAAGAAAGGGGACGAACAAAUUCCAGUCAGCUUACAGGAUAAGACUUUGAAGGACACACUACAUAAGCGCCACUGGACCCAGUGCUGGGUCGUGCCCAAGGUGGAAGUGGAGCGGCUUCUGGAGCGGCCUUACCAAAGCUAUGUGGUGGAUGACCUUUAAAUGCUCUGUGGUUACAUUUUAAGCUACUGAUUUAAAGCAGGGUUAUACAAUAAUAAAGGACACUACCAGUGCAACAAUGCAGUUAACAUGAAGGUGUACAGUAUGGCAAGGUUUGAUGUGAAGCUACAGUUAUAGGUGAAAUUUACCAAAAAAUAAUUAUAUCAAAAUUACUAAUAAAUGUAUUUCUGGAAUUCAUAAAAAGGAUAUUGAUUAUGUUUUAAAACAAGAUUUUUUAAAU